GAACUCAUGAUGAGUUAAUCAAGGAUGUUGAUGGCGCUUAUUCUCAACUUAUUCGUCUGCAAGAAGGAGCUAAGGAAGCUGAAUGUAGCCUUAAUUCUGAAGCAGAGAAGUCAAGUAGCAGUUUUAACUUAGAUAGUGACAUGCCUAGAUCUCCCACUCAGAAAGCAUCCUUUGUGAGAUCAUUAAGCAGAGUUUCAUCUAGUGGUCGUAGACACUCUCAGUCAGAUAGCUUUGCUCUUUCUCAUCAAAGUGGAGUACAUGGAUACCAAGAAACAGCUGAUGGGGAUGUUGAUACUAGGAAGCCCAAACACAUUUCUUUAAAACGUUUGGCCUACUUAAACAAGCCUGAACUUCCUGUCUUGGUGCUUGGAUCCAUUGCAGCAAUAAUACAAGGUGUUGUGUUCCCUAUGUUUGGCUUAUUGUUUUCCUCGGCAAUAUCUAUGUUCUUUGAACCUCCAGAAAAACAGCGGAAAGAUUCUAGAUUCUGGUCACUUCUAUAUGUGGGUUUGGGUUUAGUUACUCUAGUGACUAUACCAGUGCAAAAUUACUUCUUUGGCAUUGCUGGUGGAAAAUUAAUAGAAAGAAUUCGUUCACUGACAUUUGAAAAGGUCGUGCACCAAGAAAUCAGUUGGUUUGAUGAUCCUGUAAAUUCAAGUGGCGCAGUUGGUGCAAGAUUAUCUACUGAUGCUUCAACAGUGAAAAGUCUAGUUGGUGACACAUUGGCCCUCAUUGUGCAAAAUAUAUCAACAAUCACAGCAGGUCUAGUUAUAUCAUUCACAGCUAAUUGGAUUCUUGCUUUUAUAAUUCUGGCCGUGUCACCCUUGGUCCUUAUGCAAGGAGUCAUUCAGAUGAAGUUUCUUAAAGGAUUCAGUGCAGAUGCCAAGGAAAAGUAUGAAGAAGCAAGUCAGGUGGCAAAUGAUGCUGUUGGUAGCAUCAGAACCAUUGCUUCAUUUUGUGCUGAAUCAAAGGUGAUGGACAUGUACAGGAAGAAAUGUUUAGAGCCAGAAAAACAAGGUGUUCGGUUGGGGCUUGUUAGUGGUGCAGGAUUUGGUUUCUCUUUUUUAGCUCUAUACUGCACAAAUGCUUUCUGUUUCUACAUAGGAUCUGUUCUUGUGCAACAUGGGAAAGCAACUUUCUCAGAGGUUUUCAAGGUUUUCUUUUGUCUAACAAUCACAGCAAUAGGAAUUUCCCAGACUAGUUCCUUGGCACCAGACACCAACAAAGCUAAAGAUUCCACAGCUUCAAUAUUUGAAAUUCUUGACAGUAAACCCACAAUUGACUCCAGCAGCAAUGAGGGUAGAACACUAGAAGCCGUUACUGGCGUUAUUGAGCUUCAACAUGUCAGUUUUAAUUACCCAACUAGGCCUCACGUUCCAAUUUUCAAAGAUUUGUGUCUAAGCAUUCCAGCUGGAAAG